CCUUGUCCUCCUCCCCCACUAGCAUCCGGGAUUUAACACACUUUCAGCUUUCACACACACACACGCUCCUCAGCAGGACGCAAAAGGACGGUGCAAACGUUUUUUUUUCUCUCUUCUGAAGAUUUGCAGAAUUUUUGGUGGACUCUUUUUCUCUUCCCCGUAGGUCUCUUCUGCCCAGGUCAACGAACUCCGGUCCAGAAUUGCUCAAUGGUUAGACAAGUGUUGGGAGGGGAGGGGCUCUAAAUGUCCCUUGUUUCAUUGCAAAAAUUUUGAUUCCAUUUCAUUGCAUUCCCGGGGCGGCAAAGUUUCUUCCCACUUUCUAGGCUCUAGGCACCGGCGUAGAAGACAUCCGGCGCACUCCAACCGGCACUGGCGAUGAAAGGGAUGGCGUUGUGGCGAUAUUAAGUGUCCAAUAAAGAGGAUGAUACCUCUCUCACUUUCAACCGAAACACUUUACGCUGAAGGGCGCAAAGGCUUCGAGCGAUCGAAUUGAUUGACUUCCUAUUCCAGGGAUUACGGGCGCGAAGAUAUCACAGCGGGUUUGAUUGGGCAGGUGACUCAAUCUCAACGUCCCAUCGCGUGGACAGGUACGGGGAUGUUUGUUGUUGUUGUUGUUUAUGCAGUUCGUACCGGCUUGGCUCUCGUGGCGAUAAGACGCCGACGCGAUUCCCUCUGCGAGCGCGCUAUCUUUCGAGUGGCAUUUCCGUUUGCACUAACCACUAACCUAGUUAUACUGCCGUGUAUAAAAGGUGCUUCCGAACGUCUGGCCGCCAUUGUAUUGCAGCUCUCCUCCGCACAAAUCAACCAUGCGCUCGUCGUCUACCGUGUUGCGCGUCUGUUUGGGCGUCGCCCUGAUCCAGCUGUUCGGCGGUGUCAUCGCCGGCCCCGUCCCCGACCCCGUACUGCACGUUUCCCUCGAGACCGUGCCGGACCUGGAGGCGUUCCGGCGGGCCAACCCGGACCUCCAGGUCACCCCGCUCGUGCCGGUGCGCCAGUCGGAGGUGUUCGCGGGCGGCAGCACGCGCCAGCAGAUCGUGUACAGUGUGGGGGCGCAUUCGGCCAGCGAGCGGCUGGUCGGGCUGUCGUCCAACCAGCAGUCGUGGCCGACGCCCCAGGACGUCCGGCUCGAUCUGCAGUACCCGACGGCCGGUGUCGGCGCGGUCGUAUCGUACGUGGAGGUGGUCGUGCAGCAGAGCACCACCCAGGGUCGCGGUUACGUCGUGUCGGGCGGUGUCGGCCAGCGCCAAAUACGGCUCGUGAUCGAAGCGUACAGUACGCUGUACUUCAGCUACACUGCUGCCAUCUACGGGUUCUAGCGGGCGGGUUAUGGCAGUUCGGAAGCAAUGAUGGAGGAUGGUAGCAGCGCUUCGUGAAUUUUGGGUUUGGAUCGCUAAGAAACAGUGUAGUUGACACUUAAUAAAGCUAUAUUUAUUUGAAAUCUA